GAAGAAGAACCUGCUGAACUGGGAGCUGGUGGUAACCAUUUUAUUUAUACUCCAUAGCUUGCUACGUUUUUUGUGUGCUGUCGCAAUUGUUUUUUAGCAGCAUAGAAGUACAACACUGGGUCUUCAGAGAUGAGCAGUUCAGAGGAAGUGUCUUGGAUCUCCUGGUUCUGUGGAUUAAGGGGGAAUGAGUUUUUCUGCGAGGUGGAUGAAGAUUAUAUCCAGGACAAGUUCAACUUGACGGGGCUUAAUGAGCAAGUCCCCCACUACCGCCAGGCCCUAGACAUGAUCCUGGACCUUGAGCCAGAUGAAGAGCUGGAGGACAAUCCCAACCAGAGCGACCUAAUCGAGCAGGCGGCCGAGAUGCUGUAUGGCCUCAUCCAUGCACGCUACAUCCUCACGAACCGAGGCAUCGCUCAGAUGUUGGAAAAGUAUCAGCAGGGUGAUUUUGGCUACUGUCCUCGUGUCUAUUGUGAGAAUCAGCCUAUGCUUCCCAUUGGCCUCUCAGACAUCCCAGGAGAGGCCAUGGUGAAGCUCUACUGCCCAAAAUGUAUGGAUGUGUACACACCUAAGUCCUCCAGGCACCACCACACAGACGGAGCCUACUUUGGCACUGGUUUCCCCCACAUGCUGUUCAUGGUUCACCCGGAGUACAGGCCCAAGAGACCUGCCAAUCAGUUCGUCCCAAGGCUGUAUGGUUUCAAGAUCCACCCAAUGGCCUACCAGCUGCAGUUGCAAGCUGCCUCCAGCUUCAAGAGUCCUGUCAAGGCCAUCCGCUAGAAAGAGCAAGAAUAUUGUCAAAAGGGGGAGUAAAUUAUAAUACAGCCUUCAGAGUGGCGCUUCGGAAAUACACAGGUGACCCCUCUCCACUCUGAAGACUGUAUCAGAUUGGUUUAGAAUAGAGAAAAAUGUAAUAAAUAAUCAUUCUGAGGGGUGAGCGAGACAUCCAAACGCACAGCCAUAGUCUUCAUACUUUAUACAUGUUUUCAUAUAUACACACGCCUGCUAGUCCACAACCUCACCCCACCAUACUUAAAGGUGCCCAAAGUAUGGGUCAUUUAAAGACAGUUUGGUAAAGAGUCAUUGGUCUGUACCCUCUCCCCAACAACCCACUCAAACAUGGCUGCUACCAGUUUGGAUGUACCUAACGGAUGUUUUUGCUCUAUUGUUACUUUGCUGUCAGACACAGAAAAGUCAGAGAAACAGUCUGUCAAGUCUGUAAAACACAAUAUUUAUGGAAGACUUCCUGACACCCACGCCCCUAUUCCUCAUUUAUCUCCUCAUGCUGCGGAAACCUUUUUUUUUUUUUUUUUUUUUUCUUAAGUCAUGUUAAAAGCCAAAUUCUGUAGGGAUACGCAGGGCCACAUUUUUUUUCACUGCCGAUCCAAUCCAAUUACGUUACCAGAGCUCUGUUUGCUUUAAUAUGCAACCACGCCAAAAGAAUAUCAGCAAACGUAGCUCGAAGAAUAUCAGCAAACAUAGCUGACUCCACACAUGCGGCGCCACAACACAGGAGCACACAACCUGACAUGUUCACACAGAAAGACUUAACACCUGAACAUAACGUCCUGGUCAUGACAUUAUUAUUAUUAUAGGUGGUUUUAUAUGAAGCUGUAUUAAAUUCUUCUCUACAGCAAGUAUGAUAUUGUAGCGACCCGGAUGUUUUGUGUAGCUGUGAACGCGUCAGGCGGAGUGUGUGUGUGUUUGUGUGUGUGCACGAGAGGGUGGUGGCAGUGCAUGUGUGGAGACUGCUACAUUUGCUGACAACAUGAAAGCACAGACGUGGGUGACUCAUGGAUUGGAAAUUUCCACGGGUGGUAUAGGCAAUUUCCGACACGUGAAUUACACUGGUGUCUGAACCUGAGACUCGAUUGGAUCGGCCCCAUCCCUAAAAUUCUGGUGAAUAUGUCUUUGCAUGGACAGGGAAACAAAUGGAACAGACUGGUGUGGUUUGAAUCUUCACAGUAAAAGGUUCCUCCAAAAAGAGAAAGCAGCACAUGAUUUGUUUUGAGGUUGAAGACCACCAGCCAUUGUUUUGUUUUGCUUGUAAAACAUUGAGGCAGAUUUUCUGGUCCCCUUUCGCUCUCCCCUCUCCUGUUGGAGUUUUUCAGGUGUCGCUACACAAGUGAAUCUAUUUAUGUGUCCACAUUUUUCUCUGUGCUACUUGGGAAGCGUAAGCAGGAUUCAGAAAUCUCAAUAAAGGUUGAUUUUGUUUUCAUAUA